GAGAGCUUCUCAGCCGUGCCAGAAGAACGAUGGGAGUAUGCAUUCAACUUCAGUUCAAAGUUUCACGACAAAGAAAAGACGAUGGACGCGGUACGACGUCGACGUUGGCAUCGUAUUAUGGUCCCGGGCACAGAUGAUGCAGGCACAGUAGUAAUGCAAAUCAAAGCCGAAGAUAAACCAGCGAAACAAAAUAUGACCGUGCCAAGGGUUUACCUGAAAUAUGCUCGUUCACACACGUGGCAUUUGCGAGUCUACUUGUUCCAAGCGCGUAAUCUGCUCGCAGCCGAUCAGUCGGGCAUGUCUGAUCCGUAUGUGCAAUGCUCGUUCCUGGGCAUGUGUCAACGCACACCCACUCUGCAAGGAACCAUAUGCCCGGUGUUCGAUCAAACCUUAAUCUAUGAACAAGUGGAAAUGCAUGGUGCACCAGAGCGAAUUGUCCGUUAUCCACCUCCCGUCGUGCUCGAAUUUUUCGAUUGGGACAAAGUUGGCUCGAACGAGUAUCUGGGUCGAUGUCAGGUGAAUUGCUUGCUUUUGCUUCCGCGUCAGUGUGCGGUUGUGUGCGCGCGGAUGUGUGUGUAUGUGCGUCCGUGUACUGAGAGUGCGGAGUGA